CGAGGGUCGAGAGUACUUGACUUAUAAGUAGUUCAAGAGAGAAGAAGUUGUAGUUGUAGAUAUUGUUUGCAGUACAAGAAAGGAGAGCAGAAAUAAAGCAGUAGAGGUGGUCCAACACGAUGUUUCAGGUUUUGCGUAGUGCCGUUCUGAAGUCCUUUGGAGGUGGGACAGGCGAGGACGAGGUAGUCGAAGUCAAGGGUAACAAGAGAAACAAGGAAUCAGUCUUCAAGAAGAGCGCAGGAGGUGUAAAGUUACACAGCAUCAAGAAGCAGACGAACAAGCAAGUGAAGCUCAGCAACGGUGUAGCGGUUCUUGGCACUACUAGUACUACAACUACGACGAUUCCAGGAGCACCUCUUUCAACCACGACCACUUCAACAUCUACUUCGGAGCAGGAUGCCAACAUUAUAACUAAGGGGG